AUGGAUCUUAAUAAUCCUAAUUACGGAAGUGGUUCCUCUCAAAAUAAUCCAAAUAACCAAUCUUCCAAUUCUCCAAAUUUCCAAAGUAAUUUUCAUUUUGAUCCAAAUAACCCUACUAAUCCAAAUGCUCAAAGAAUGUUAUUUUAUAACAUUCCUAACCAACCAAUGCAUCCAAACCAACAAUUUCUACAACAAUUUCCAAAUCAAUUUCCAAACCAAAAUUACACACAACAAUUCUCAAACCAAUUUUCAAACCAAAAUUUGCAACAAAUUCCCCAAAAUUAUCCAUCUGGUUUUAUGUUCCCGAUGUCACAACAUUAUGGUGUGAACCAAAUAAUUCAAAAUAGUCCAACAACUCCUGAGGGAGAAAGAAGCAGUAACUUAACCCCACCCGAUGAUCCAAGGGUUCCACAACAAGGUAAUGAUGAUGUUGACGGUGUAGGUGAUGAUGAUGUUAUUGAAGCUCCCCACGGGAGCAACACUGUUGUCAGGGCAGAAAAAUGGGGUGCAAAAGAAGAUGAUGCGCUCGUUUCGGCUUGGGUAGAAUGUUCAGUUGAAGAUCCGGAGAAGGCAACAGAUCAAAGUUUGGCCGUAAUGUGGAGGAACAUACAAUCCCUUUAUGAUCAAGCCAGAGAAGAAAAUCCAUCCACCAUGCGCCCUAGAAUUUUAAGAUCUAUGAAAAGUCGGUGGGCAAGAAUAAAUAAUGAUGUGAGUACAUGGGUUGGUUGCUAUAGUGAAGCAAAAAAAGGUAUAUGA